UUUUCAGAGGGGCGGGGACAAGCUGGCUUUCCAUCCACAGCGAGCAAAGCGGCGACCAAAUCAUUGCGCGCUUCUGUAAUUGAGUUAGGAAGGCAACCGGGAUCUCCUAGCAUUCUUCAGCACCAAAUUUAUCGGAUGUUUUUCUCGCUUAUAGGUGGCACAUUAUCUGUGACCUGAAUAAUAACCAACCUCGCCCGGACUAAACGAACACUGGGACUCGAACUAGUGACCCAAGGAAUAAGUGCGGCUCUCUCAGCCAGAAGGAGGAAACGCUGCAGCUUGCUUUCCCCUGCGCGUCGUGUUCCAGAGCAUCUACCCCAGGAUGAGGCAAUGAUAAGCGGACCUUCUGGUUGGUUCUCUCCGUCCACCUCUAGCCUGCAUGAAACAAAGUCUGUUCUUCGCCACACAGCCUGCGCCGCAACGUAAACGCCUGGCGUGCUGUCACCGCCGCCCGUUUUCCCCCUUUUUAUGCUGUGAGUAAACAGUUCUGCUGCUAAGGGUCCAGCCUCUCCCGAUAUCACAAUGAGGACCACGGAGGAGACCGAGGGCUUUGACGGCGAGGCCUCCAACACGUCCAUGAUCUCCGGGGCCAGCAGCCCGUACCAGCCCACCACGGAGCCCGUCCUUUCACGCAACGUUUUGGGGGCGAUGAGGUGCGACAUGGAGUACCUCAUGUCCUACUUCGGGAUUUUGAAGGCGGUGGAAGUGGUCCUGUCACUCAUCAGUUUCAUCUGCAUAGAGACCAUCAUGAUGUGUUCUCCCUGUGGAGGGGUCUACUUAUUUGAGUUUGUCAGCUGCAGUGCCUUCGUGGUGACAGGAGUCCUUCUCCUGAUCUUCUGCCUCAAUCUCCACAUCAAGGUUCCUCAGGUCAACUGGAACCUGACGGACCUGGUUAACACUGCUGCCAGCACCUUUUUGUUCUUUCUCUCGUCCCUUCUUCUGGUCUGCAUCAACCACAACACAGGAGCUGAAAAAGCAGCAGUAGUCUUCGGCUUCCUGGUGACAGGUGUGUUCGGCCUAAACACCUUCCUGGCAGUACGGAGGUGGCGCCGUGGCAACGGGUGUCAGGGGGCCGCUCAGACCAGCGAGUACAUGCGAGCGCGCACGGCAUCUCGUGGAGAAAUGGAGGCGCGACCUGAGCUCGCGUGAGAGCUCGUAGAUAAACUACGCACCGGCAGCUGACAGAGAUGGAUGCGACUCUGGCCCGUUGAGCAUAGUUGGGAUUUGGACCUCUGCAGUUCUGAUCCCUAAAAAAAGCUUCGUUUCAGCCAGAGAUGGGCCAUGCAGUCAUUGAGAUUCCUUCUCAAAUGAAACAGUUUCACAGGAUAAGCUGGACCAGAACUUAAGCCAUGAACCACUUCCGUGUCUUGGAAGACACUGGUGACAUUUGCAAGUUUUGUCUUUCACUGUGAUUGAAGGCAGUGAGUGAUAAGUGGUAGAACUAUACCUGUGGACCAGCGCUCCACGGACAAGCAGUUCUUUCACCUGCAGUCAUCCCUUUAUUGUUCCAUCCUGCAGCUUUUUGCUUCUUCCUGUGAAAAGACUGGUUGUUGAACAUAAUAUCUGAUGAAGUAUGACUGUUUUCUUUUUUUUUGGCAGACUUUAUAAUCACCGUUUAAAAUUGUAACCUGAAAUUGGUAAAACAUUUUGCUGCCAGGAGUCACACAGUGACAGUACAGUGGGGGGGGGGGAUUCUUGACUUGAAAACCCUGUGAGGUCAGAUUUUAUGAAUGAUUGGAAACGUUUGACUUGAAAACUUCAGUAAUAACAGAAAGAGAAUCUGUUUUAACUUUGUGCUUAGACAACCAAAAUUGUUUUUCUAAUCUUAGAUUUCAAUUGUCAUUAGUUUACUUUUUACUGUUUUGCUAUAAAAGUGCAUCAUAAUUAUUAUUUUUUAAACCCAUGUAUUCCUAGCAACCUCUGGUCCAAAAUAAUUAAUUAUCAUUUUUGUUUUUCGAAAAUUAAAACAAUCCGUGAAGAUACUUCGACAUAUCCAGGCUACAAAGUGAAUCCAAACCUUACUAUGUGAUGUGGAUCAGUCUCCUCGGGCUGUAAGGUGCAUCUCAGGUACGGACACAGUCUUUUCCUCCUGUGUGAUACUCAGAAAGCAUCUAAAUUUGACCACAGGGUGCCUCGACCUGAAUGCUGUGUCUCUCCUUGUUGCGUCUGUUGGAAAGUUGCAGAGCACAAAGUAGAGUUAACAUUCCUUUACUGUUAUUUUUUGUUGUUGUUGUUGUUGUUCUGGCCAGUGUUUCUCUGGUGAUAAUGAAGAUGUGUCUGGAAAAGUAGCAUCAUCUCUGCUUUUGAGGAUGAAGGAAGCAUUUUUUUUUAUUAUUGAAGCUGCACCGCAAUUGGACUACACUUCUGUAAGGUUUAGUUUCCAAAAUGACUCAAUGGCUCCACCUCCUGGUUUGCAUCUGAACUGCGUCUCCUUUGUACGACACCAAGACAACUAAAAACAGGCAACGUGAGGGACGGAAAUCUGUGACAUGCUGAUGAUUUGCCCAGGAUCUCAAAGGACGGACAAGGAUGGUAUGUGACUGUUCGAAAUUAGUUUAACGUAAAAGCAGAAAUGGCAAUAUGAAUGUUUAAUGAUAUUUUAAUGGUUUAAUUAACAUAAUUAUUUACUAUUGGGAUAGUUUUGUGACUGAAGUACUUGCAUCAAAGACAAUCAUGUUGCUAUUUAUGUUUGUAACCUUUAUUAGUAAAUUUACAUUUGAGUAACGCUAUAAGCUCAUUUACAGCGACAAAGUUAAACUAGUGUGUUAUGCUUUUUAGUUAUGAAGCUGGUCAUCUAUUUGUAUAUUAAAAACAGCCUGAUUACAGCUCAUCCUCUCUUUCAGCGUACAACAUUGUGCUAGAUUAUGUCAUUAAGAAUCUGCAGGAUAAAACAAAAAAGAUUUCUGAUUGUUUCUGGAUUCUUUUGCACUUCCUUUUUUUAUUUUCAUUUGGUGUGGUUCUGGUAAAGGCGCAUGCCAGGGCCAUUCAUGUACAGGUUGGAUAUUUGUAUUGAAAAUGUUGGAAGCAUCCCUUUCCAUUGGUGACUUAAAUAAAGCAGCAAAUAUUGAAA